AUGAUUGAAUGGUCCACCACACCGGGAAUGCACUUAAAGAAUUUGGUCUUCUUUGAAGAUACAGGGACAGAUAACGAUCAGCUGCGACAGAAGAUAUACGUCUUCCGCGAGAAUUCCAUUGAAUUGAAGGAGGAGGAGAACUACGAAACCAUUUGCAUACAGGAACUGUGUCCAUGGCGGCCCGAUAAAGAGGGAUCUGUGUGCGCCUCCACCUCCUCCUCUGCAAGGAGACUGCCGCUCUGCACUCUGAUGAUAACCUAUGGAACGAAGCGAAUGACAUUCACGCCUCGCAUUGUUUGCUCUGAUUUGCUGUGGGCUUAUUUGCUCCUUCCAUGCUUUUUUUUCUCUCUCGCAAGGAUCCUUGUGAAAUCUGGGGGAAGUGAACCGGCUUGGACUUCCUGGGACGAAGGAGCAAAGCGUGACGUCGACUUAAUUCUCCACAAGCACACAUUGACAUGCAAGCCUACAAAUCUAAAUCGCAUUGAUUCAUCUCGCCACAGUACGCCAAUACCCUACACAAGGCUACAGAAGGACAACACUUUCAUUGAUGACAUCGCGAAGAUCCUGGACGAGUUGGAUGAAGGCUGCGGUGGUGAAUUUGAGGACCCUGACUAUGAAGCCUCUACUACCUGGAAGCUCCAGCCACCAAUUAUUGCCCGCAACCUUCGACAUGGCACAAUCGAGGACGCCGUAGACUUCCUUGACGCCUACGACAGCCUACAGGAUGUCACCAGAAAGACAGCGUGA